AUGGAUAGGCUUCAAAUCUUGUUAUAUCAGGAGGAGUCCUUCUGGCGGCAACGAUCUAAGGUGACUUGGCUAAAGGAAGAGGAUCGAAAUACUGGUUUUUUCCACCGGAAGGCUCAAAAUAGGAAACGAAAGAAUAUGCUGCAGGGUCUCUACGAUGAUGAAGGUCAAUGGUUCGAAGAUGAUGCUGGGAUUGAGAAUGUGGUUACGUCCUAUUUUUCAAAAAUGUUUCAAGCUUCGGAGAUUGAUUAUGAGGCAGUGCAUACUACGUUGGAAGCUAUUCAACCUAGUGUGAGUGAAGAGAUGAAUGCUCAACUUUGUGCACCCUGUACAAUUGAAGAGGUCCGUCGUGCCCUUUUCCAAAUGUACCCAACUAAAUCCCCCGGUCCAGAUGGGAUGCCUCCUCUAUUCUUCCAACAUCAUUGGGAGACGAUUGGAACAGAUGUUUUUGAGGCAGUGAUUGCAAAUAGAUUAAAGGUUAUUCUUCCUUCUGUGAUUUCACCUUUUCAAAGUGUUUUUGUUCCUGGACGUUUGAUCACGGAUAAUAUUCUAGUUGCUAAUGAAAUUGCCCAUUUUGUGCACAAUAAGAGGGAGGGGACUGAUGGCUUUAUGGCUCUAAAGUUGGAUUUAAGUAAGGCCUAUGAUCGAAUGGAAUGGAGCUUCCUAAGGAUGGUAAUGGUUCGUUUUGGUUUUGCUCAGAAAUGGAUAAACAUGGUGAUGCAGUGUGUGUCUUCGGUGAGAUAUUCAUUUUUGAUCAAGGGGAAACCUCGGGGUUAUGUUACACCGAGUAGGGGACUUCGUCAAGGUGAUCCGUUAUCUCCCUACCUUUUUCUGAUUGGGGCUGAAGGCUUUUCUGCUCUCUUGCAACAGAAACAAGCUUUGGGCCUGAUAUCCGGUAUAGAGGGCCCCAAAGUGCCACCGGAGAUCAAAACAAAGGUGAUAGCAUGGAUAAAGAGAACAGAUUCUAUUAAGCAAGAAAAGGCAGCUGUUCAAGAUGAUAUCAUAGAAGAACUCUGCAAUGAUUAUCUUGGCAAUCAAACAAGUCUGUACAAUGACGAUGAUGAUAAUGAUGAUGAUGAUGAUGAUGAUGAUGGAUUUCAGUAUCCACCAGACAUGUACCCUGCAAAACGACAAGAUUAUCGUGCUGCAGAUGUCAUAGAGAUAUAUGGACGGGCAUCAGGGCAACUUGUUAAUUUUGACAAAAGCUCUGUGGCUUUUAGCAAGAAGGUCUCAAUUGAGAUGAGGGAGGAGUUAGCUAGUUAUAUGGGGAUGCAAAUAGUUGAUGUCCAUGAUAAAUACCUGGGGCUACCCACUUACAUGGGGCGCAAGAAAUCUGUUACUUUUCAGUAUAUUAAGGAUAAAUUGGCGAAGAAACUCUCUGACUGGCAGGGGAAGAUGUUAAGCGGGGCUGGAAAAGAUAUUCUUAUUCGUGUUGUGGCUUCGGCUCUACCUACUUAUGCUAUGAGUUGGGGGAGCACGCUAGAUAAACGGAAGAUACAUUGGAAGACGUGGGGUGCUUUGUGUAAUCCGAAGGAAGGAGGAUUAGGCUUCCGCAGCUUGUCUAUUUUUAAUAUGGCUAUGUUAGCAAAGCAAGCAUGGCGCAUAAUUACCAAUCCUUCAUCUCUUGUUGCUCGAUUGUAUAAGGCAAAGUAUUAUCCAGACAAUUCAUUCUGGGAGGCAACUACUCAUGCCUCUCCUUCGUACUCAUGGCGGAGUAUUUUUUCUACUCGGGACUUGCUAAGAGAGCAUUGUUGGUGGCAGGUUGGUGAUGGUAGAAAUAUUGGUGUAUUCUCGGAUAAUUGGGUGUUAGGACUAACUACUGGGAAGCCUACUUUUUCAGUUUUGGCCCAAUCUGAGGUUAGUAGAGUCAGUGAUUUAAUAGGGGACACAGGGGAGUGGAAUGUGAUUCUCCUACAGCGGCUAUUUCCGGUAUGGGAAGUGGAGUUGAUCACAUCUAUGCCACUGAGUAGGAGAGUGGUAGCAGAUAGGUUGGUGUGGAAGUUGACGAUGGAUGGCAAGUAUUCAGUUAAGGCAGCGUAUCAUUUUUUUCUUUCCUCUUCCCCUAAUUAUAGUCCUCUAGCUUUUCCUAUGGGGAGUGUGUUUUGGAAGAAACUGUGGAAAGCAAAUGUGCCAAGCAAGGCUAAGAUUCAUUUUUGGAGAAUUUGUUUGGACAUAUUGCCUUCCCUGGCUAAUCUGGAAUCGCAGAGAGUGAAAUUGGAUUCGACAGUGUGUGUGCUGUGUGAGGAGUGCAAUGAGUCUACUCUACAUUUGUGCAGGGAUUGUAACUUCACUCAGUCGGUUCUCCAAUCCAAUGCUGUUCUGAAACAAGUGUGCUAUGGACCCCAAAUUAUAAGUAGUAGUCUGUUUUUAUGGUUGAACUCAUGUGCACAUGAGUUGUCUCUGUUUAACUUUGGAACUCUCAUCUUCUUGCUCUAUGGUGUGUGGAAGGAGCGGAAUGAGAGGGUUUGGAGCCAGAAGAGGGGGGAAGUUAGUGAUGUGAUCAUUGGGUCUAUGUCGAGGUUACAAGAGUUUCAAUUCCAUAAUUCGAAAGAAGUAGGUGUUGGGGAACGACGACAUCGAGUGGUGCGCUGGUCUGCUCCACCAGUGGGAUGUUUGAAAAUAAAUGUUGAUGGAUCCUUCAAUCAUGUGACUCGUAGUAGUGGUAUCGGGUUUGUCGUUCGUGAUGGUUUUGGGGUUAUGCUGGCAGGUGGUGCUUGUCCAGUCACCGGUCUACUAUCACCGGAACACGGGGAGCUUUUGGCGUGCAAAACAACAAUUGAGUUUGCCAUGGAGCACGGCUAUCUUCCGGCAAUUUUGGAGACUGAUGCCUUGAAUGUCCAGCGACAAUUGAGUGAGUCUACUACUAGCAAUACAUCUGUCCUCGGAAGAUUAUAUGAUGAUUUGGUUCUGUUGCUGGAAUCCCCUUUAUUUGUGAAGGUGGUUCACAUUGGUAGAAUGGACCUUAAAUGCAUCCAUGCUAAAAUCAUUGAAAUUGGGUACUAUCAAAACCUUCCCCUUAUAACAGAGCUUGUAACUUUGGCUUCUUCUAUGGCCCCUACCAUGGAUUAUGCAAGGAAUAUGUUCGAUGCCAUGCCUGAAAGAGAGAGCUCCUUGGUGAGUAUGUAUGCAAAGAAUGGUGAAACUUUGAACUCAGAGCUGGUUUUUAAUGCAAUGGUUGUGAAGAACAUAGUUUCCUGGACUGCAAUGACAGCAGGCUAUGUGAAAAAUGGGUUCUAUAAAGAAGGGUUGAGUCUUUUGCAAGACAUGAUUGCUUCAGGUUCCCAACCAAAUGUUGGUUACACUGGUCAGCAUCCACCCUACUUAUGCUAG